AGUGCUACCCCUGUGAUGGAAGGAUGUAGGACAGGAUUGAAUUGGACAAGGACGGGGGGGGGGGGGCAUGUAGGACAGAGGUGAUGGAGCCGAUGCACAACUCAGGUGUGGUGAGAGUGGCCAUGUAAAUUCCAAACAUCUACAGAAACAGUCCGAGUGAGGGGGUACCCCCGAGGUUUGCAUAAUUGUUGUUAUUAAUGGUGAUGAGUCCCAGAACUGAGUAUCUGCAGAUAGAUGGAAGUGAAUUGACACCAUCUCACAUGUACAACGAGCUUGAGAAGUGCCCCGGAACUGCUGUGCCAGCACUUGUCGGGGCUGACGACCCCCCACCCAAGGACUGGGAUCGGGCUAAGGAGCACACCUGAGAGGACCCAGAGUGGCCCCACUGAGGCGCCCAGAGGAGGUCAUAGGGGCCCAACACCACCGCUAACCAUCAGUCUCACUUCAAAUGUGUAUUCCUCUCCAACAUGAACAAAAAAACGGGCUCGUCCGGGAUUUGAACCCGGGACCUCUCGCACCCUAAGCGAGAAUCAUACCCCUAGACCAACGAGCCACAUGUGUGCACAUCUGGAUGUUAUUUUCAUGUACAGUAUAAAGUGAGAUUUGACCCUGCAAUCUUGGUGAUGUGGCAGGCGUAUGAACAUGUGAAACAGCGCCCUCUGUUAGGUCAAAAGUAAACAUUACAUUAGAGGAACAGAAAUUUCCGAUGCUGACACUUUGGAGUGCAUAUAUUGUUCCUCGAGGAACUGGGCAGUGAAAUGUGAUGUCUUUAAAAAGUGUGUCUGCGUUCGGUUUCCAUGUAAGAGUUUUAGAAUGACAGAUUAGCUCCUUCUAAGAGAUCGAUUUCAAGCACCUGGUCAAAAGCAGGGCUCGUCCGGGAUUUGAACCCGGGACCUCUCGCACCCUAAGCGAGAAUCAUACCCCUAGACCAACGAGCCACAUUUUUCACAUCUGGCUGUUCUUUUCAUGUACAGUAUAACCAAAGAUAUGACCCUGCAAUCUCUGUGAUGUGACAAGUGCAUGAACCUGUGAAACAGCGACCCUGUGAGGUCGAAUGUAACCAUUACAUUUGAGGGACAGAGAUUGCUGACAGUUUGGAGUGCAUUUAUUGUUGCUCGAGGAACUGGGCAGUGAAAUGUGAUGUCUUUAAAAAGUGUGUCUGCGUUUGGUUUCUAUGUAACAGUUUUAGAUGUUUCAGGGGUCGGUCAGUGAAUGACAGAUUAGCUCCUUCUGAGAGAUCGAUUUCAAGCACCUGGUCAAAAGCAGGGCUCGUCCGGGAUUUGAACCCGGGACCUCUCGCACCCUAAGCGAGAAUCAUACCCCUAGACCAACGAGCCACGUGUUUGCACAUAUGGCUGUUAUUUUCAUGUACAGUAUAAUUCCAGAUCUGACCCCGCAAUCUCGGUGAUGUGGCAAGUGCAUAAACAUGUGAAACAGCGCCCCCUGUAAGGUCUAAAGUAAACAUUACAUUUGAGGAACAGAGAUUUCCAAUGCUGCCACUUUGGAGGGCAUUUUUUGUUCAUCGAGGAACUGGGCAGUGAAAUGUGAAUAUGGACAAUAUUAUAAUAAAAUUGAAGAAAAGCUGGGCUCGUCCGGGACUUUACCCAGGGACCUCUCGCACCCAAAGCGAGAGUCAUACCCCGAGACCAACGAGCCACGUUGCUAGCAGUUAUCAUGACAAAAAGAAUAAAAUUCAAUACAUAAUACCGGUUUCAUUGGUCUUAGGUACUCGAGUUAGCCUGCGAGACUUCAUUGAGGGUCGUGUUAGAACACAUUCAUCAAAUUUUGACGCUUUCUCAACGUUACAACCUUUAACAACAAACAUUUUUGUCAUUUAGCAGUAGUUUCUCGUCAGCUUGUCCCUUUUUGGGGUCGCCACAGCGUGUCAUCUCAGAUGAACCCACAUAUAUGUUUGGCACUAUUUUUACGCCGGAUGCCCUUCCUGACGCAACCCUUCUCAGGGAGUGGGAUACGAACCCACAACCCCUGGUUUACCAAACUAGUGCUCUAACCACUGAGCUUGUCUCAACUUUCUUUCGGGUGGACGACAUCGUGCUGCUGUGUGCUCGCGGGCUGCCUGCUAGUCCAGAUUCCGGGUCUAUUUUUACUGUGACACGCUUGGGUUACUCAUCGUGGACCGGGAAACCGUUUAAAAUCCGCUUAAGAGGGUUCAUUACAACUGCCAAAAAAUGUCAUCAGAAGCCAAGAGACCUAAGGUAGACAACGACGCUCCCCUUCAGAACUUCCUCCGGUGGUGCGACAGCGUCGGUCUAGAGCUCAGCACAAAGGUACGAUUAAGCAAAGAAGGCACGGUGGCUGACUAUGGGAUGUUAGCUCAGGAUAACAUUGAGGAAGGCGAGGUGUUGUUUACCAUCCCCAGAUCAGCUCUUCUUCACCAGGGGACGACGCACGUCUCGGCGCUGCUGGAGCGAGAGAAAAUCUCCUUGGCGAGCACAUCAGGCUGGGUCCCCCUCCUGCUGGCUUUGCUGUACGAAUACACGACAGCGCACUCCCACUGGAAAGCAUACCUGUCAUUAUGGACCGACUUCAAGUUGUUGGACCAUCCCAUGUUCUGGUCCAAAGAGGAGCGAGACAAACUGCUGAGGGGAACCGGUAUCCCAGAGGCGGUGGACAAAGACCUGGCUAACAUCCAGAGAGAAUACCGAGACGUGGUCCUGCCCUUCAUUGCCAAGCAUCCUGACAUCUGGAACCCCUGCAUGCACACACUGGACUUGUACACGCAGCUGGUGGCUUUUGUCAUGGCCUACAGUUUCCAAGAGCCACAAGAAGAGAAUGAUGAUGAUGAUGAUGGUGAAGAUGAUGAGACGGAGGAGGCCCCCACUCCACCUAUGAUGGUCCCCAUGGCUGACAUGCUCAACCACGUGUCCAAGCACAAUGCCAAUCUGGAGUUCACAGCAGAGACUUUGAAGAUGGUCUGCGUGCGACCCAUCAAAAAAGGAGAGGAAGUGUUCAACACCUACGGGCAGAUGGCCAACUGGCAACUGCUGCACAUGUACGGCUUCACCCAACCGCACGGCGACAACACGGACGACACCGCUGACAUCGCCGUUGCCAACCUGCACAAGGCGGCCACAAGAGAGCCGGAUGGGGAUCAGCCGCUGUUGGGGGAGAUGUGGGAGGUGCUCCGGGAAAAAGGAGCGUUUGUCUUUGGCAAACACGGCUGCCUCACCGACACGGAGCUACACGCCACGCUCAAGGUGCUCUGCAUGUCCAGGGAGGAAUUCUUGGAGUUCAAAUGCAACGAAGACGGAUGGGAGGAAGACGACGAGGACGAGGGGGAGAUUUCGCGAGGGUUCUCCAACGACGGGCUCGCGGGAUUAAACAGCAAGUGGAAGCGGCUCCUCCACGAAGCGGCGCGUCUGACCGUGAGGGGCUACCCCGACGUGGACCGAGACCGGGCCCUGAUGGAGGACCAGGCGUCGCUAAAGACACUGAGCAGCAGGGAAAGGAGGGCGCUGGAGGUCCGGUAUGGACAGAAAAGCAUCCUGGAUAAAGUCAUGGUGCUCACAAAGACAUGAACCUGGAACUUUUUCUUCACAUCCAUUAAUAACAAUUUCAUCGCAAUGUACAUAUACUUAAUUGUGUUUAAAUUCGCCUGUUAAGUCGUGGGAUUAGCCAGCAGUAUGUACAGUGGGUAUGGAAAGCAUUCAUCUUUAUCCUCAGGAGGGUCACAAGUGUGCUGUAGCCGAUCCCAACAAUCUUAAGCCAAAAAGGCAGAGUACAGCUUGAACUGGUUGCCAGCCAAUCACAGGGCACAGAAACAACAAUUUGCACUCACAUUCACACCCGUGGGCAAAUCAAGAGUCCUCAUUUAAUGGGUGUUUUGGGGAUCUGGGAGGAAAUCGGAGCACCCAGAGAAAACCAACGCAGGGACAGGCCCAGCCAGAGGUCCUGAGAAUUCUGGAGAAUCUUUUCAUCCAGGAUAUCCCUGAACUUGGCUGCAUUCAUCUUGCAACCAGUUAUCCAGUCCCUGCCGCUGAAAAGCACCCCCGCAGCAUGAUACUGCCACCACCGUGCUUCACUCUUGGGACUCCGUCGUACAGGUCAUGAAUAGUGCCUGGUUUUCGCCACACAUACCACCUAGAAUAAAGACCAAAAAGGUUCUAUCAUGGACUCAUCAGACCAGAGAAUCAUGGAUCUGUGCUUUGCCUUUGAUCUUCCCUUCACUAUGCUCAACCCUGUCUCAGUGUACUUGUUAGGUGUCCACCCACAUAGUAGUGUUUCUCAACUGCUUCUCUUUUGUCUCUCCUCUCCUGGUGGUUGGUGCUCCCUGCUUCUAGAGAUGAGCGGCAGCAGCGCCACUGCACCUCUGCACGUGUUAUCUGUGAGCAGUGGUCUUUGGAGUGGACUCGUAGGUUGUUGUUGCCGUCAUCAUGGGACUACCUGUUGUGCAUUGUUCACGCCACCUCAGCCCUGUUUCCUGUCUAACCUCUGAAACCUCAACGGAUUCAAUCUCAAUUUAGUCAGCCAGGACACACUUCUUGGAUUCUGUUGGAAGUUUAAGUGAAAGAAUUUCUUUGCCCGUCACCGUACAUCAGGGGUGCUCAAUACGUCGAUCACGAGGCAGUCUUGGAUGAUUGUGGGACGGCGUGCUUAAAAAAAAAAAAGUCAGCCAACAUUCCCUCUAAACUGCGCGCGUGCGCAAUUGUGCACCAGUGAUGCAGUCUCUUCGCAGAUAUUCUGCGUUCCACGCGCAAAAAAAGUCCAAUGCAAAUUGAAAGUAUAACAUUCAGCUAUUCAGUUUGUGGCAUUUUGCAAUGAGUGAGGGAUGGAAUGGUUGUUACAUCCAUUAGCACAAUUCACAUACGUACUGUAAAAAAAAGUUUAGGCAGCACAUGGAUCUUUCGCUAACUACAAUCGCUGCUCCGCCACAUUCUAUUUCCUAGUUAGAUUCCCCCUGUACCCUGCUCUUAAAAUACGUGCACUCAAUUACAAAUGUUACAGUACUUACGCAGCCCAUCAAUGUGUUUUAUAAUGACAGCGUCCACCACCUCUGCUUUAGUUCGCAACACAGUCUGGGCAACGUAGAGCAAAGACGAGCUAGACAUGCUGCUUAUGUUUACUCUCAAUAAUGGCAAAAGUAAAAAACAAAAAAAAAAAAAAAGAAAUGCUGUUGUUUUAAGAUGCUAUGACUGUCAGAGUAUGUGAAUAAUGGAAGAAAAAAAGUGGUUAAACUGGAUGAGAUUUUCUCUUUUCUGAGUGGGAAAAGUCUGGUCUGAAGCCAAAGUAGAAAGUGCAGGAUGAGAUGGUGGGUCAUUUUGAAAUUCCACCUUGGCACAGCCUGAUCCAGCAUGAAAACACAGACAAUAGAGUGCACGAAAAACCUUUAAAUAUAGGAGGCAACAAUUACCAUAAAACGGUUUGAGAGCAUUAUCAUCAUCCCUCCACCCCUCCACUCCUGUCGUCAGCAGCUCGCAAGAGGCUGGCUGCUUGAAAAGUAGAUCUUGGGGUAAAAUAGUCUGGGCACCCCCUGCUGCACAUGUUCACUUGGGUUCAGUUUUCAUUGUGUGAAGUGCUUCUUAACCUGCUCAAUGUGUUAAUUGUCACAUAUAUCCAUAGACAUACACACAUGAUUUCACCAUUUGUAAAUUAUAACCAACACAGCUGCAGUGCAGACAAUGAUCCAUUAUGUAGCCGGGGAACACUUGCAUUUAUACCUGAAAUCUAU